AAAAUAAAAAACCCAAGGUUUUUUUUUUUUUUUUUUUUUUCUUCUUCUUUUUUCUUUCUGUUCUCUCUCCCUCACCCUUAGACUAGAUUUUUUUCUAUCAUCUUCUUCAUCAUAUCUGAAAAAAUAAAAUAAAACAAAACCCGCCAACAAAAUCUCCCAUUUUCUACAAAGAUCGAAACUUUUCUUCUCUCUCUUAAACAUUUUUUUCAUCCACCCAUCAUUUCACCCCUUCUAAAAACCCUAAUCCACAAUUUAAUUUCAAUUAUUCCAAUUGUUUUCCCGUUUCCGAAGCAUUUAAGAACAACCCAUUUUGUAAUUUGAUUGGAACGUUUGUGGGUUUUAUUUGUUUUGAUUGAUGGGGUGAACUAGAAGUGUCCAGAAGAAGAUUUAAAGAAGAAAGAAAGAAAGAGAAUGAUGGAAUGGGAUAGUAGCUCCUCUGACGAAAGUGGAGAAGAAGAGGAAGGAUUUCUAUUGAAUGAUGGCGCUUCUAUGCCGUUUCCUAUGCAUAAUCUUCUCCAAACGACGCCGUGUGGUUUCGUCGUAACUGAUGCUUUAGAGGCUGACCAUCCAAUCAUCUAUGUCAACACUGUCUUUGAGAUGGUUUCUGGGUAUCGUGCUGAAGAAGUUCUUGGUCGCAACUGUCGUUUUUUGCAAUGCAGAGGUCCAUUUGCUAAAAGAAGACAUCCAUUGGUGGACUCCACUGUAGUUGCUGAAAUUCGGAGGUGCCUUGAUGAUGGUGUUGAGUUCCAAGGUGAAUUGUUAAAUUUCAGGAAAGAUGGCUCUCCUCUAAUGAACAACUUGCGGUUGGUGCCUAUUUAUGGUGAUGAUGAAACUAUCACUCACUUUAUUGGAAUUCAGUUAUUCUCAAAGGCCAAUGUUGAUCUUGGCCCACUUCCCAGCUUUGCGGCGAAAGAAUCCACGAGGGCCUCUGAUCUAUUUCGUUCUGGUCUUUCGUCAUUCCAACCUUUACAAUCCUGGGAGCGAAACAUGUAUUUUGAGGUUUGUGGGCUGUUUCAACUGAGUGAUGAAGUUCUUACUUUAAAGAUAUUGUCACGGCUGACACCAAGAGAUAUUGCUGCUGUGAGUUCUGUCUGCAGGCGACUUUAUGAGCUAACACAAAAUGAGGAUCUUUGGAGAAUGGUUUGUCAGAAUGCUUGGGGUAGUGAAACUACCCGUGUGCUGGAGACUGUUCCAGGGGCUAAGAGGCUAGGGUGGGGUCGGCUGGCUAGAGAACUCACUACUCUUGAAGCAGCAGCAUGGAGGAAGGUGACUGUUGGUGGUGCAGUUGAACCUUCACGUUGUAACUUCAGCGCUUGUGCAGUUGGAAAUCGGGUUGUGCUGUUUGGUGGAGAGGGGGUCAAUAUGCAGCCUAUGAAUGACACAUUUGUCUUGGAUUUAAAUGCUAGUAACCCUGAGUGGCGGCAUGUCAAAGUGAGCUGUCCACCUCCUGGUCGAUGGGGUCAUACUCUCUCGUGUGUGAAUGGUUCUAACCUGGUCGUAUUCGGUGGCUGUGGAACUGAAGGACUGCUCAAUGAUGUUUUUGUUCUCGAUUUGGAUGCCAAACAACCAACUUGGCGUGAAAUUUCUGGACUGGCCCCGCCUCUUCCGAGAUCAUGGCAUAGCUCUUGCACACUCGAUGGAACCAAAUUAAUCGUAUCAGGUGGAUGUGCAGAUUCAGGGGUGCUUCUUAGUGACACUUUCCAAUUGGAUCUUUCAUUGGAUAAGCCAGUAUGGCGAGAAAUUACCGCAGCUUGGUCUCCACCUUGUCGCUUAGGCCACACAUUGUCAGUAUAUGGUGGAAGGAAAAUUCUGAUGUUCGGCGGCUUAGCAAAGAGUGGGCCCCUUCGCUUCCGUUCAAGUGAUGUUUACACAAUGGACCUGAGUGAGGAAGAGCCUUGUUGGAAAUGUGUCACUGGAAGCGGGAUGCCAGGUGCUGGAAACCCAGGCGGCAUAGCUCCUCCUCCCCGAUUGGAUCAUGUGGCUGUGAGUCUCCCGGGUGGUCGAAUCCUAGUCUUUGGUGGGUCUGUAGCAGGUCUCCACUCAGCAUCACAGCUAUAUUUACUUGACCCAACUGAAGAGAAGCCAACGUGGAGGAUCCUAAAUGUACCAGGUCGGCCGCCAAGAUUUGCUUGGGGACAUAGUACUUGUGUUGUCGGAGGCACAAGGGCAAUAGUUCUUGGUGGUCAGACCGGAGAAGAUUGGAUGUUAACUGAGCUUCACGAGUUAUCCUUAGCGAGCAACGUGACCCAGGAAGCCGAGCUAUAGAAAAUAACAUCAUUCUUGAAAGUAAUAACACAGAAUCUUCAUCGGCUAUUCUUAGGUGGGUACUCUGUCUUGGAUGAGGGCUCUCUGCGCUCGACUCUGGGUUUAUCAUCUUUUUGUCAGAUUGACUUUGUCCAGGUUUUGAUAUUUGGGGUUUGUAAGAAAAAGUACCACUCUAGAAAAUAUGUGAAUCAUUCUUCUGUUUGCACUGUAAAUAUAUCUUUUAGAUGCUUUUAGUCGCGAUAGUGUAGGGUUUACUCCACUAUUCUUCUUUCAUGUUGUAGAUCCUGUGCUUUCUGUCUGUUUGAGGUCUGUAGUAGUAACUUAGGAAAAUGGGCGAAAAUAUUUUUUUUAAAACGAAAAAAACUGGAAAACCAUAGAUGAAAAGUGGGCUUUGCAGCUUGUGUAUAUACGAAGUAAUGUACUGCUUUUCUGUAUGUAUCUGAACAAGUUCUACGCUUAUGGUCUCUAAUAUCCUUGUUGUGCAAGCUCAACUGAUUUUCACACUGAGAAGGUGCCAACUACCGAGUUCUUCUGAUGAGCAGCUGAAUGUCGAAGCUGAGGCGCCUAAGCCGAAGGCUAGUUUAUUUUUCGAUGUUCUAUAUUGUUUUAUAUGUUGUUUUUUCUCAUUUUCAUGCGGCGAAAUCUAAUUGAUUAAUAUUUUAUAUAAUGUUUAAUAUUUUCACAA